AAAGGGAGAUCUGGGAGAGAAAAGGGAGUGACUCUGCCAGAGUUUACUUGCCCUGUUUUCAAAGCCUUUUCCAAUGGCUCUCACACGGACGCCGUAUGUACUGAAUUUAGUAAAGCGUACUGAUCUUCAAACUCCCGGCCUUCUGCCUCCUUUCGUACUUAAUGAACUUAUCUUCACAACAGAUAAUUCAGGAUUCUGCUUAACUUCAUCACUUCCCGCGACGUCCCUGAAGGCAGCCACUUAGGAUCCCUUUUACUUAAUUUAUACGAUUGAACGCUUAAAGCGUAAAAAUAAGAUACUAGAAGAAGAAAAUGAGCAAACACAGCAGGAACGUCAUAAUGAAACAAAUAAUCUUACCUUAAACAUUAAAGAAAUGAAUAAAUUGCGAGAUGAAGUUGAAACAUUAAAUGCGAAAAUGAGAAAAAUGAAAGACUGUUAUAAAUCGGCCGCAAUGGAAUUACGUGAAGUUGUUUAUAUGCUAUUCGGUUACCGUAUUGAUCGUGUAGGCUCUAAUACAAAUUACAAAAUUUCCAGCAUGUACGCCGAGAGUCCAGAUGAUUACCUUAAUUUUCGAUUAAAUGAAUCCAAUGUUUUAGACAUGUUGGAGACACCGUACUCAGCUUCUCUGAAAGCACUCAUACAAACACAAUUGGUAGGCAACAAGUCAUUGCCUGCGUUUUUAAGCACUCUUACUUUAGAUUUAUUUCAACGCAGCACUAUGCCGAUGUCUUAAAAAAUUGUAGGCAUUACAGGCUUAGAAGAAAGAACAGUAAGAAAAUUAAUAGUAAUUUAAAGACUACGUUUGUUUUUGAAUGAAUAAAAGAACAAAAUAAAUAAAUAUACGUGAAGUCAAAAAACAAAAUAAAUAAACAUAAUGGGUGAGAGACAAAGAAAAAAGAAGUAAACGAAAGGGUAAGAUAUUAGCUGCCUACCAGGAAGUUUUUAGUAUGUUCAUUUCCACUCCUACAGGAAAGGCCUUCACGGAAUAUGCCUAUGUUAAGGGGAAUUGUUGAAUCGAUCUGUUAAAGUCUUUCGCUACCCAGGAUCUCUCUUACAAAUGCUAAGAAAAUGUCAAUAUGGUAUUAAUGUAUAUUUCUACAAUGCCUCUUCAAAUUUAAAUUUUUGAAGUUCGUGAACUAUUUAAAAAAAGAGCUAAAGAGGAGAAUUCUAGUUGUAGGCAAUACACAUUUUAAAUUGUUUAGUGCGAUCUUUUCAUAGCGUACAAAUGUAUAUGACAAGAACGCUCUAUAUCAAACCUAAGUUUAUCACUGAAAUAAAAUUGCGUGGUUUAUGUAUUCUUUUUUCUGAAUCUAGAUGGUGGGUAACUGAUAGUUGUAUUACGACGAACUUUAUUUUCCAAAUUUUUUAUGUAUUUUU